AUGUCGCUCUCCACUUUGGCUCCCCUUUCUUCUGCCCCACCGACACCGCCCGCCGUCAUCUACACUUCGAACACGGACACGGCUCGACCACAGCACAGACCCCUUCUUCUCGCUCGAGGCUCGAACGUGCUAGGCUCUGCGUUGGACCGAGGCGAUGGGCGCGUCAUCGUAGGCACUCUGCGCGGCAGCGAUGCUGUCGGCAGCAUCAUCCUUGCCGCCUCGGUCGAGCGCAUCUUUAGCCCAGACGAGGGCGUCGAGGAAGUGCCGCUCGGGCUGUACAUCCUGCGUGGCGAUGCGAUCUGUCUGGUGGGUCUCGUGGAUGUCGAGAAGGACAAGGCGAUCGAUUUGGCCACGCUCAUGGCCGAGCCGAUUCCAGAGACACGGCAUGUACCAGGUACCUUGUCAACACGUACAGCGAUCUUCAACCUAGAGUCAGCCUUAAGGGCGCUGCGCAUGCACUCGCAUGCCGCGCUGAUCGUACAACGCAGCUCGCGAGCGCGGAAUCGAAUGGAGGUCCCGACUCGCACAACGAGUGAGCGUCAAGUAGAUCUCCCUGGCUACCAGGCAAGCAGGUUUCCAACGCAGCUCUCGAGAGCGGAACUGGCUCAGGCCACUACGGCAGUCGAAAAGGACUGGUACACCUAG